UGGCGCAAAAAAAAGAAAAAGAAAAAGAAAAUCUCGCUCCCCACUCUUCUUUCUCUCUCAUGGUUCUGGAUGAUCCCUUUUCUUUAACUUCGAAGAGGAGAAGGGUCACAGCGAUUGAUUCCAUGGAUGCUGAAGAAGCUAAGGCCAAGCUUGCAGCUAUCAAGGAAAGGUUUGGACGAGAUAUCCGUGUAUUUGAAACAUCGCCAGUUUCUGCAGCACCAAAUACUGCCACCAACAAUGAAGAGACUGAUGAUUUCUAUGAGUUCACUGCUGAAGAUUAUUAUCGACUGUUAGCUACUAAAAAGGACGAUAAAUUCUUGAAGACUCGCAAAAUCCGAGAAGCAGAAGAGGCAGCUCGUAGAUCAAGAAUAACCAAAACUGUGAUUAGAGUUCGGUUUCCUGAUAAUCACACAUUAGAGGCUGCCUUUCACCCUUCAGAAACGCUCCAGAGCCUAGUUGAUCUCCUCACCAAAGUGAUUGCACAACCAGAGCAGUCAUUUUAUAUCUAUACCACUCCACCAAAGAAGCUGAUUAAAGACAUGUCUCAAGAUUUUUAUACUGCUGGCUUUUGCCCUGGGGCCAUUGUAUACUUUUCAUACGAUCCUCCCCUAGGUGAAAGCUCGAACCAUACGGGGCCUUUCCUACUAGAGGAUAUCGUGUCUUUGAAGGGGUUGGAUGUUACUAAUGAUCAAGGCCAGCAGUCUGAACCUGCACAGUCUGCACCAGAACCUGUUGAAGCUUCACAAACCCCUGCUGUUCAAGAACGUAAGCCUGCUGAUAAAAAGCCUGUCAAGCCGAAAUGGUUAAAAUUGUGAAAUCACUUUUUGAUGGUCGAAGGGAGCCUGCAUUUGUUCUUUUGGGUGGUUAUCCUGACCUUGGUGGGCGUUUGCAGCCAGGGAGAUUUGCUUGUGCUUGAUAUAUAAUUAUAUAUGGAUAAUGGUCCCAUGAGGCGGCUUUUUCGUGUGGUUAAAUCACCAUGGCCUCUUGGUUGUUUAUGUUGAAGUGGGUAUACAAGGAUCUUCCUCAGUGUAUCAUGAUGAAUCCAAAAGAAUGCUGCUCAGUUGACUUUCUCUUCCAUUUGUCAUGAAUAUGUAGAUAAUUCGCUGUA